GUGAAAUGCUACAGCCCGGUGCAAGGCACCAUCUACGACUACGGGGCCUUGACCAUCGACGGGGACGAGUAUGUCCCCUUUCGGAAGUAUGCAGGGAAGAUGGUGCUCUUCGUCAACGUGGCCACGUACUGAGGCCUCACCCUGCAGUACCUUGAACUGAAUGCACUACAAAAUGAGCUGGGGCCAUAUGGGCUCGUCGUCCUGGGCUUCCCCUCCAACCAAUUUGGGAAGCAGGAACCCGGACAGAACUCGGAGAUCCUCCCUGCGCUGAAGUAUGUCCGGCCCGGGGGUGGCUUUGUCCCCAACUUCCAGCUCUUCCAGAAAGGAGAUGUGAAUGGGGCCAAGGAGCAGAAGGUCUACACCUUCCUCAAGAACGCCUGUCCCCCGGUGGCGGAGGAGUUUGGGAACCCCAAGAACCUCUUCUGGGAGCCCCUGCGGAACCACGACAUCAAGUGGAACUUUGAGAAGUUCCUCGUGGGCCCUGACGGUGUGCCCGUCAUGCGCUGGUACCACCGUGCCAACAUCGCGGUCGUGAAGAACGACAUCAUUGCCUACAUGAGGGAGCAGCAGCAGCACCAGCAGCAGGGGGAGGCGG